UCUUCCCACUUCUCUUCCGCGCCUCCUCCUCCCUGCCGUGCUCGCGCUGCUCCUGCUCCCAAAACCCGACGCCGCCUCCCCGCCCCCGCUCGCCUGCGGUGCUGCGGCCUCGACGCCGCAUCCCCAACCGACCACUCUCCGCCGCGGCGCCGCCAUUCUCCCUCCGCGCCGGCCGCCUGCGCGCGCCCCCUCCCUCUCCCUCCGCCUCCGCGCCCUACGCGCGCCUCCCUCCCUCCCUCCCUCCCGUGCCACCCGGGGAGGUAGCUCGGCCGCUUCCCCGCGAUGCUGCAGUGGACGGGAGGCUCCAGGAGGCAGGUGUACGCCUCCAGGAAAUCGACACAGAGCAGGCAGAGGCAGUACUUUGAACAGAAGAAGCGGCAGCAGCAGACGGCAGGGCUGCAGAACCAGGAUGGCAUAGAUGGCGCAGGCGGCCAAGCUGUUGGUGAUCAGGCGCCUCGAUCGCUUGACAUCCUAAGCCUGAACAAUUUGGCAGCUCCAGUCAGUCACCGCAAUGGCCCUGAAAAUGCAGGUAGUGUUCUUCCAAAUUUGGACAAGGCAAGUUUUAGUGCUUCCCCUCUAGAGGCGCUGAAGAAGAUCACUUCUUCAUAUAAUAUUGAUCCGAAGGAAACAAGUUCUCAGCCUAGAUUGUCGUCACCCGUUGGUCAUCAAGAUGUUGCAGCUGCUGUUAACCCUCGUGAAGAUCCUCUUGCUCAUCCAUCCAAUAACUAUGGUGCCAAGAAGCGAAAUCAAAAUGUGGAUCUCAACAGUGGCGAAAUUUCACUUAUUGAUUUGGUCAGAUACGAGGGAUCAAAAGAUAAAUCUACCGCUCAACCUGCCCGUGAAUCUCAUGUUUCAUUUUCUGUUAAAGGCCUUGGCCAUGUCAAGAUGGAAACUCCUCUCCAGUCACCAAGAUUCACCAAAAGGACUUUACCUUUGCCACCAAAGGCCUCGCGGUACACGCAAAAUAAAUCCAGAAGGUCCAUCCCUUUUGAUACCACAAAAGGAUUGGAUUCUCUAAUGUAUGGUAUUAGCAUGAUGAGAGAGCGAAGCGCUUCACACAAAAUGGGUAGUCUUGUGGAUGAGUCAAGCUAUGUAAGGAGGACAAACUGUUAUAACUCCAAUGAUAAUCUUUAUCCUGGGGAUGAGGACAUGUUUUGUAAUCCUCAAGCUCCAAAAGGUUGGCAAUCAAAUUGUAGUAGAAGAUAUGACAGUCUACCUGAUGUAAAUUCUGAUAAACUGUGGAACAUAGAAUCAUUCAAUUCAGAUGAUCAUUUUCCUACUCCAAGAGCGGAACAUUUUGAUACAGUCGACUAUGGUUUUGAAGAAAGAUACUCUCCAGAGCGAAGAACUUCAACAAGAACUAGCAUGCGAUUUGAGACUUCAGGGCAUGACCUCUUUUCUGAUCAGUCAUUACUGGAUGAUGACAAUGAUAUGUUACAGUUUGACUGGGAAUGGCAACCAUCGUCUAAGAAAAUACACAGCACAAACAUCACUUUUGGCCCUUCUGCUUGGUCUUCUGACAUGGUAGAUGAUGAUUCAGAGAAAAGGAAGAGCCCAUUGAGUGAAGAAUCAAGCUCAUGUGCUGCAGCAGUGAAGGACAUAUCGAGCAACAAACCAACACUGUCUGUAAAAUGCACAGAGAAAAAUAUGAACGAGAAGGAUGACUUCCAUACAAGCUUGGAUAAGUUUGAUAUUCCAAAUAUCGGUGCACAUCUAGAUGAAAUGUCAGUAUUCAGGGAUGAAGAAGAAUACCACAAAAGAGCAAUAGACCGGAAGAAUCUUGAAGCAGAUUAUUGGCCAGACAAGGCAAUGGACCAACAGAGAACCCAAGAACCAAGCUGCCGUUUAUCACUUCAGGAGAAAUUUGCUGACUGGGGUUCUUGUACCUCCCAUCUGAAGGGUAGUACUCGACGAAACAACCCACCGAGUUGCACUGUAAUGCGCGAGGAUAAACCUUUUGAUUCUAUUCCAGAUAUGGAUGUAUUUCAAACUGUGGGAUCAACUGAAUGGAGACCUACAUCAAAAGUUCGUCCUGUUUUCCACAGACCUGACAGUGCGUAUGACGAGAUUCAUUGGCAGAAUCCUGUUUCAGAUAUAUUUGGCAAUAAAGCGGAGUUUUCAGACCCAUUCCAUGCCACGGACCUUCCGAGCAACAUUGAUACGUGUACUUUCUUGGGACAGAAGGCAGACAAGAAGAAAGAAGAUAACUUUGACUCUCUCAAGAAAUCAAAUGCAGACAUAUUUCAUUCUGCGAGUUCUGUAAAUGAAACUGUGGUUGGUCAACACACUACAUGUUCUCAGCAGUCUGGCAAGGAUUCACGAAGGCAAGGGUUUGAUCCUGGUAUUGAUUUUCAGGAGUCCAGACUACAUUCAUUCUGGGAAGAUGGCCAUGUUAGUGAUGACACUUUUCAGGGCGAUACUGAGCUGAGUAGUCUGUUGGCAAGAAAAAAUCAUGAGAAGAAUAAAGGCGGGACUGAGAGGCUCGAGAAGCCAGAAACAAAGACGUCGACACAAAGAUCUAAACCUUCUGGAGAUUUCAGAAAUGAGAUGAGUGAAGCUGAAACAUGUUCUGAUGGCUCGGAAGUGACCAACUAUCCUGGGGUGCAGAAUGGAAAAUCAGCAGCAGCAGCAACACAACUUCCUACAAACUUGUGUCUUGAGGAAACCUCAAGAGGAAUGUUCCAAAUUCAUGCUCAAGUUGAUUGUGUAAAAACAAUAGAAAAUCCCGGUGUUGACUUUGAAGCUCCAGUGCAUGUUAGAAACAUUAUUCAUGAUGGUGGAGAUCAUACCAAGGCCAAUCCAAUGUUCCAGUCUCCUUUCAUGGCAGAGAAGGUGGGGAUUGAGAAGAAGGUAAUAUCAGGCGUGUCAUCGAGCAACAGUGAUAUUCAGUUUGAGGUUAUGCUUGAACGUCGUGUUCUCCAACGGUUUUGUGUUCAGAAGAUAGUGUUAGAAACACCAAUGAAGGACAAGCUAGAGAAGGUUACACACUUCAGGACGAUGGAGGAUGGAACUGUCCUGCGAAGAAGUGUCUAAGCAGCUAAAAAUAAUCUAGUAACACAAUGUCUUGUAAGAUCCUGUGUAAGUGCCACUGGCGGGGUUCGCGAAAUCAGCAUCGCAAUGCGGUGAAGCAUGCACAACAUUCGCCCAUAUUGCGUGCUUCAACCUGUGAUUAUUAGGAGAUGCCUGUUUCAACAUGUGAUUGUUAGGGGAUGCUUGCCUCAACCCGUGAUUAUUAGGAGAUGACAAAUCAGGUGGGUGGGGUGUACCUAUAGUCAUUCGACUCCCCUUAAACUGAAGGAGCAAAUACAUAUCCACUCUAGUUA